AUGUCCGCCAAGUCGAUUCUCGAGGCUGAUGGCAAGGCCAUCCUCAACUACCACCUCACUCGUGCCCCCGUCAUCAAGCCGACUCCUCUUCCUCCUUCCUCCACCCACAACCCUCCCGCUCGUCUCGCCUCUCUCUACUUCCCUGAAGACCGUGCCGUCAAGGAUGUCCUCGAUCAGGCCGAAGUGACCUACCCGUGGUUGUUGGCCGCCGGUGCUAAGUUCGUCGCUAAGCCCGACCAAUUGAUCAAGAGACGUGGCAAGAGCGGUCUUCUUGCUCUGAACAAGACCUGGGCUGAGGCUAGGGAAUGGAUUGAGGCUCGCGCCGCUAAGGACGUCCAGGUUGAGACCGUCACUGGCGUUCUCCGUCAGUUCCUGGUUGAGCCUUUCGUUCCCCACCCUCAGGAAACUGAGUACUACAUCAACAUCCACUCCGUGCGUGAGGGUGACUGGAUCCUCUUUACUCACGAAGGUGGUGUCGAUGUUGGUGAUGUUGACGCCAAGGCCGAGAAGCUUCUUAUUCCUGUCAACCUGAAGAACUACCCUUCGAAUGAGGAGAUUGCUGCCACGCUCCUGAAGAAGGUGCCCAGCGGCGUUCACAAUGUCCUCGUGGACUUCAUCUCUCGUCUGUACGCCGUCUAUGUCGACUGCCAGUUCACCUACCUCGAGAUCAACCCUCUCGUGGUCAUCCCCAACGCUGAUGCCACCUCCGCUGAGGUCCACUUCCUGGACUUGGCUGCCAAGCUGGACCAGACUGCUGAGUUCGAGUGCGGCACCAAGUGGGCUAUUGCCCGUAGCCCCGCCAACCUUGGUAUUGCCGUUGCUCCUCAGGAGGGCAAGGUCAACAUUGACGCUGGCCCGCCCAUGGAGUUCCCCGCUCCUUUCGGUCGUGAGAUGAGCAAGGAGGAGAAGUUCAUCGCCGAGCUGGAUGCUAAGACCGGUGCCUCUCUCAAGCUCACCGUCCUCAACCCUAAGGGCCGUGUCUGGACCCUGGUUGCUGGUGGUGGUGCCUCGGUCGUGUACGCCGAUGCCAUUGCCUCCGCUGGCUUCGUCAGUGAGCUCGCCAACUACGGUGAGUACUCCGGUGCUCCCACCGAGACUCAGACCUACAACUACGCUCACACCGUCCUCGACCUGAUGCUGCGUGCUCCUAUCCACCCCGACGGCAAGGUUCUCUUCAUUGGUGGCGGUAUCGCCAACUUCACCAACGUUGCUUCGACCUUCAAGGGUGUCAUCCGUGCCCUGCGUGAGGUCGCCCCUGUCCUCAACGAGCACAAGGUCCAGAUCUGGGUUCGUCGUGCUGGUCCUAACUACCAGGAGGGUCUCCGUAACAUCAAGUCCGUUGGUGAGGAACUUGGUCUCAACAUGCAUGUCUACGGCCCUGAGAUGCACGUCAGUGGUAUCGUUCCUCUUGCCCUCCUGGGCAAGAAGUCCGAUAUCAAGGAGUUCUCUGCUUAA